CUCAAAAGAAAGACUACAUCUGCUCUACUCUAGAGACUCUGGGUCUGGCGGACUUACUUCGGCGGCCUCCUUUCGCAUUCGCAAAAGCACUCACUGGAGCCAUGUCGUCGCAACAGACCUCUUCGGCUCGCAGCAGCAGUCAGCCUGUCAACCUCCACAACCAUAUCACUUCGCCAAGGAAGAGAAAGGCCUCCUUACCACCACCACACUCACCAACACUCGGCAGAACCACCACCACCACCAGCGGCCUGCAAGACAAAUGGAAACAACUGCGAACAACUGCAGCCGCCGCCCAGGCACUCGAAACGCAGAGGUCGGAACUGUCCCUCAAACUGUCUCGCCAAACCAGCAGCAGCCAGGACUCGGUCGCAACUUCAAGCAUCGACCACUACAACAGCACAAACAACAUGAUACCCCCCACAGAACUGUCAAAGCUGCUGGCCAUAGUCGACAGCGCCUAUCAUCGGAUAUACGCAGGCCACUCUGACGUCCGACAAACCUCCAAAGAGGAACAUGAGCGCGUCAUCCGCCUCCAACAAGAGAUUGUUGAUUUGCAGAUCGGAUUCGCUGCUCAGGACCAGCAGCUGCAGCACUUGGCUCAAAUGAAAGUGCAGGCGCUCAUGGACGCUCGCCGAGAAGCCGCCGAUGAACAGAUCAGAUUGCGAAAUGAGAUUGAGGGUCAGUGGUCCGCUGAAGUGCUGGCGAUGAAAGCUCAGUAUGCGUCGAAAGUCACCCGGCUGGAGGAACUCCAUGCGGCAGACGCACAGGUCAUCGCGGAAAAGACGCAGACCAUCGCAGAACUAUCCGCACAGCAAGACGUGCUCGCGACCGCAAUGGCGCGGGCCGCCGCCGAAACCGUGCAGCUCACCGUGAACCUCGAACAAACCGAGUUGGAGAACGCCAUGUUGUCCGCCCAACUCGCCCAGGUGCGCCAACAAGCAGCCGCGGACGUUGAGCGUCUAACAGCCGAAUCAGCACACCUCCAAACCACAGCUCGCGACACCAUCACCCAACUCGAAACCUCACUCCGUCUGACAACCGAACAAUCCGCCCAAGCCGCCGCAGAAUCUGAGGCUCAGAUCACGGCUUUGAAGCUGGAGUUGGAGCAACAAGCAUCCCGGGCUGCCUCAGCCGCCCAGGAAGCCGAAAAGGCCCACACCGAGCUCAUGGAACGCUGUGCAGGCCUCGAAAAGACGAGGCUGGCAUUAACCGUCGAGCUCGCUACAGCACACCAGGACGCCUCAGACGGCACCACGGAGUUCCGUAAUGCCCUUGACGCAUCGCGGAAGGAGUUGAAGCGGUUGGAGGAGCAGUUGGGGGAGAAGGGUGUGGAGAUUGUGGAGGUGCGGAGGGUGCAGGGGGAGAUGGCUGCGAAGGUGGCGGAGAUGGAAGGGCAUAAGGAGAGGUUGGAAAAGGAGGUUGUGGAGGCACGACAGGCGGUUGUUGAGGGGGCUGCGCAGGCUAAGGAGUCGCUUGAGGCUGCAAAAGCACAGGUGGAGGAUGUGAAAAAGUCGUUGGAGGAGACGACGGCCGCGUUAGCCGAAUCUAACCAAACCCGGAGCGAGUUGACCGCGUGUGUCGAAGCUCUGGAAACAACCAACACAGAACUCUCGCAACAGAUCCUUCACAAAACCCAACAACUCACCGAAACCACGGCCCAACUCCAACAAUCCCUCACCACCACCUCGUCCCUCAAACCCGACCUAGAAGCUAAAACAGAAGAACUGGCCCGCCUCACCACCGACGCUGAACUCGCGCACAAACAAUCCUUGGCCCGGUUCAUGGAGGUGGAUGACCGUCGGUGUGCGCUUGAGGCUGAGUUGGAGACGGUGCGGAAGGAGAGUGAGGAAGGGAGGGAGAAUUUGAGGGGGAAGGUUGAGGGUGCGGAGGCGCGGGUGGGGGAGCUUGAGAGCGCACUAGCCGAUGCUGUGAAAACCAGGGAAGAGGCGACGAUUGCGACGCAGCAGGCGUUGGCACGGGUCGCGGAUCUGGAGAAUAUGACCACGCAGACCCUGCAGACUGUCCGUGACCUACGCACCCAGUUACACGAGACGAAAAGUCAGUUGGAAGCCACCCGGGACGAGCAUGUCCGCACCGGGACGGAGAUGCAGACCGCUCUCACGGGUUUGCGGGAACGAACCACGGCCGAGCGGGACGAAGCUGCUGCGAGGGUCGUCGAGAUGGAUGACCGACACGCGACGCUCGUCUCUGACUUCGCCGCGUUGAAAAGCAAAGCCGGCAUCGACGCCGAAAACGCCAAAACGGAGACAUCGGCCUUGACGGAACGGGUGGAGCACCUGACCCGCCAAUGUGACGAAAAGACCGGGACGUGCGACCAGCUCCGCGCCGAACGUGAUGAGCUCACCGCCCAGCUCAAAGAAGGCCACUCCGCUCGGGAGGAAUUACACACCUCGUUGACGGAUACACAACAUACCCUUGCGGCCGUGCAAGCCGACCGGGAUGAGGUGGCGAGACGGCUGGAGGAAGCGGAGUUGGAUCGGGGAGGGUUGAGGAUCGCGAGGGACAGUGCGAGGGAACGCGUGGGGGUGUUGGAGGGGGAAGUUGCGGAUCUGCAAGCGCAGCAACAGGAUGUGGAGGCGCAACUCGCGGCCGCCGAGUUGCAGAUCACGGACCUCCAACCAACGCUUGACCGCCUCACGGCCGCCAAAACGGGAUUGGAAGCAGAUCUCGCAAACGCACGUGAGGCACACGACGCGGAGAAAAAAGCGUGGGAGGAGGAUCUCGCUGCCGUGCGCAGGGAAUUCGACGUGCGGCAGGCCGAGAUCCGCGUGCUUGAGGCGCAGAAACGCGCGUUGGAUGCGGAGGUGGAGGAUGGUCGGAGACAGCUGGCGGUGGCUGAGAGUGCCAAGGAGACGGAGAGCAAGGAGAACGCGGGGUUGCGGGAGGAGGUGGGAGCAUUGAAAGCGGAGCUUGCGCGCGUGCAGGCGGUGGUGGAGGGCCUUGAGCGUGCGAAACGCGCUUUACAAGACGAGGUAGAUGAUGCGCGGGGCCUCAACACACGUCUCACGGCCCUCCAAGCCGAGAAACUCGCCAUGGAAACCGAAAUGGGGGAUACCGUCCGGUCUCUUGAAGACGAGAAAGCAGCGCUGAAGACCCACCUUACCGACGUCGAAGCGAAGAUGGAGACGUUGCAAACGGAUCUGGAACAAGCGCGCGCGCGUCUAGACGCCCACACCCAAACCCAAUUGGAAACCCUCGCGCGCGAAACAUCCGCGUUACAGACCCAGCUCGAUGCAUCCCGCGCGAUGGGCGAAGCCCUCGAGGCUCGGUUGCUCUCGACGCAGAUCGCGAAGACGGGGAGUGAGGAGCAGGUGUUUGAGUUGAUGCGUGAGAUCGAGGCGUUGCGGGGCGGGCAUGAGACGACGGUGGCUGAGAUGCGGGCGAGACUGCAGAAGGAAGUGGAUGCACGGAUCGUGCAGGAAGCACGCGCGCAGGCUGUGAGUGAGGAGUUGAAGAGGGUGACUGCUGAGCAGCAGAAUCGGAGGAAAAGUGAGGAGGGCGCGAAGAUGGGGGGGUUAGUUCCUGCGCCGAAUGCCCCACCACCACCACCCGCGACGCAGGCGACGGUCAUGACGACCCCGGCGAAGACACGGGCGGGGAAACGUGCGUUAGAGGAGGGGGAUGGGGAGGGGAGGAGUGGAGGGGUGGGGAAGGAGACGCCGCCGCCGCCGGGGUCGUCGGGGAAGAAGGCGAGGGUUGGGAAGAAGGUUGCGGGGAGUGUUGGGGCGCGGAAGGAUACGUUGAGUGCUACCGAAUCACUCCGUUUGAUGGACACCAAGCCGCCGUUCCCAAUCACGCCUACACCCGCCAUCCCGAUGGGAACCGCUGGGUCCAAAUUACCUCCUUCCAGUACGAGCACCACCACCACCACCACGCCCAGCAAGACCGCUCUUCCCUCCUCAGCCAGCAAGUCCACCUCGAAACGCCUGCACGCCCCAACAACCGCCCCCACAUCUACCGCCGCAACCCCAACCGCCAACCCCCCAUCGCAGACCCAACCCCCGAUCGUCAUCUGCCUCUCCGGCUUCAAAGAAUCCACCCCGUUCGACAACACGCUCAAGAAACGCAUCGUCCGCGCCGUCGAGAAGCUCGGCGGGGCCAAGCUGCUCAGCGGCGUCAAAGACUGGGAGAGCGGCAUCACGCACCUGAUCUCCCCCGCGCCGAGCCGGACGCUCAAGACGUUCGCGGCGGCGAUCUCGCACGCGUGGAUCAUCACCGACCCCGCGUGGAUCGCGGACUCGGAGGCGGACGGGACGUGGAUGCCGGAACGGAAGUACGGGUGUAGGUUCGUCGAGGAGCCGUUGAGGGGGAAGCGGUUCUUUAUCGCCGAGUCGUUCAGGAAGGGGAAGGAGUACCAUCUGGAGUACUGCACCCGGCUGCUGGAGAUUGCGGAGGGGAGGAUUGUCGAGACGUGUGGCGAGGGCGAGGUGGAUUAUGUGCUGGUGGCGAGGGGGGAUGAGGGGACGUGGCCGGCGGGGGCAAAGUGUAUGGAUUGGGCGGGGUUUGCGGCGAUGAUUCCGCAGCCGGAGAAGGAGAGGGGGAGGGGCGGGAGGGGGAGUGGGAGUAGGGCGGGGAGUACUGCUGGGGCGAAAUAG